AUGAUGAACUCCACACAAGUUUCAUAUUUCACACUCGCAGCCUAUUUUGACACAGGUAUCUUUAAAUAUGUGCAUUUCAUGGUUAUUCUGUCUGUAUAUAUCUUUAUUGUCUGUGCCAACUCUUUGCUCAUUGUGGUGAUCUGUGUGAACAGAAGUCUUCAUGAACCCAUGUACAUCUUCCUGUGCAGCCUGUUUGUGAACCAGCUGUAUGGUAGCACAGGUUUGUUUCCUCUCCUCCUAAUUCAGAUUCUCUCAGACGUUCACACUGUGUCGGCUCCUCUCUGUUUCCUGCAGAUUUUUUGUGUGCACUCUUAUGGGGCUGUUGAGUAUUUAAACUUAGCCGUCAUGUCUUAUGACAGAUUUCUUGCUAUCUGUUAUCCUCUACAAUAUAACACACGUAUGACUUAUAGAAAGAUUGCCGUGCUCAUAGCUGUGACGUGGAUAUACCCGUGUUUAGCGAUGGUUGUUUUGUUAUCUCUGAGUUCUCCUUUGCAGUUGUGUGGCAACGUCAUUAACAAAGUUUACUGUGAUACACACUCAGUGGUCAAGCUCGCAUGCACCGACACAGCUGGAGUUAACAUGUAUGGACUCGUUGCCACUUUUAGCACAAUCUUUGGUUCUUUACUCUUAAUUCUUUACACAUACAUGAGAAUCUUUCUGGUGUGUUUCUCUGGAUCCAAACAGACGAGACAGAAAGCUGUCAGCACCUGUACACCUCACCUCGCGUCCCUCUUCAACUUUUCGUUUGGGGCUUGUUUUGAAAUAUUACAGAGCAGGUUUAAUAUGAACAAUGUACCGAAUACACUGCGGAUAUUCUUAUCUCUAUACUUCCUUACAUGUCAGCCACUUUUCAACCCUGUGAUGUAUGGACUCAAACUGUCCAAGAUCUGUGUGAUGUGUAAAAGCCUGAUAUCAAAAGCAUCACAGAAUAUAAAGUCCUGCAAAAUCUUCUAUCGAUAA